ACCCAUUUCAGUUUUUUUUUAGAGGAAGUGGGAUUAAAGAAGCGAGCUCUGUUCGAUCUGUUGUUUGUGCGACUUUCCGGGAUUUUAAUUAGCCGAUAAGUUAGAAUAAAUAAUCGUGCAGCAGCUUUACUGGAGCCCGCAGAGAGUCCGCGCGCUUUGCUUCCUUAGUCGUGAACAACAAGGGAGAAGUAAACAUGUCGGUGGAACCGAUUCACAUCAAGCUGGAGGCGGCUGGAGAGCCUCCCAGCUCGUUCCCGGUGGUUCUGAAGAAAAUCAUGGAAAUGCCUCCGCCGAACAUUCUGGACGGAGAUGACGACACAGAUAAGGAGAAGCUUGGUCUCGGAGGUAACGCCGACCUGGCAGGAGGAGGAAGCGACAUGGGUCCUUCAGCCGCUCUGACCCCCGCCAUCUGGGAGAAAACCAUUCCCUACGAUGGUGAGAGCUUCCAUUUGGAGUACAUGGACCUGGAGGAGUUCCUCAUGGAGAACGGGAUCCCGAUAUCAACUGACGACGCCUCCCUAAAGGAAAGCCCAGCAGUAAACGCUGCCAAAACCGAGAAAGUAAAGAGCUCUGCACAGACCAAGCCAGCUGGUGGCGCUCCCGUCACCCUGCUGCCUAUUCCAGAGCUGGAAAGGUGUGAGGAGGAAGUGGUGAUCAUCACAAAGAGUGAUUCGGACGUUACGUGUGAUGUCAGCACAGAGGUGACCACCUCGCAGGAAAGGGCGACCCCCGACCCCAUAGACCCAGACGAGAUCGAAGUCGACGUGAACUACGAGCCGGACCCCACAGACCUGGUCCUGUCCAGCGUCCCCGGAGGCGAACUGUUCGACCCGCGCAAACACAAGUUCAGCGAGGAGGAGCUGAAGCCUCAGCCUAUGAUCAAAAAGGCCAAGAAAGUGUUUGUCCCUGAAGAACAGAAGGACGACAAGUACUGGCAGAGGAGAAAGAAGAACAACAUGGCUGCCAAACGGUCACGAGACGCUCGCAGAUUAAAGGAGAACCAGAUCACAGUCAGAGCCGCUUUCCUGGAGCGUGAGAACUCUGCGCUGCGGCAGGAGGUCGCCGAACUGCGGAAGGAGUGCGGCCGAUACAAGAACGUCGUGGGUCGCUACGAAGCCAAAUACGGACCAAUUGCGGUGCCAGAUGACGAGUAGACAUCACUUGAUUUAUUCAUUUAUUUUACUCUGAUGAAUCAAUAAAUCAAAGCGCUGGCUGUGGCACGCAAGAAUCGAUCCCAUGACGUCGAAGGCAGGAUGUGACAUUGCCAUGGAGAUGUAAAUUGUUAAGAUAUCAUCUUUUUUUUUUUUAUUUGUUUCCACCUUUAAUGGAUGAGUUGAAUGUAGGUGGAUAAGUGCUUCUUUAGCGCUCCUUUGUUGUAGGGGUGCUCUUAUUACUAUUAUGUUAUUUUGUUUUGUACGAUUGUAGCCUGAAAGAGAUCAUAUCGUGACUUUUAGGUUUUUAAGUGCAUCCUUUGAAGUUUUGGCAGUCGAUGCCCUGGUUUAGAUUAGGUUAGAUUUCUCAGAGACCAGAUUGUUCUGAGGAUCUGGGCUCAUCUUUAGAUCAAUCUGACUGUGACUCUUCCAGUAAUAAAGCUUCAGGGGAUUUCAGUGACACAGCAAAAAAAAAUAUAUAAAAAAAGAAAAGCUGUGCAUCAUCACUCCGGAGACGAAGUGCUCUGUUCGUCUGUUUCUGGGCGUCUGCAGGAUGUCCGUUUUAACUCAUCUGCUUCCUGCGUUAAUGUGUCGACUCUGUAGCAGGUUUGAGGGGAAAAAAUGUAUAAACUAUAUAUUCACCGAUGUUAGGUUUCUGUCCAUACAUGUUAGAGGGAAUGAGCUCCAUCAGCUGAAAGGUCUCUCUGUGAUUUGGCCUGUAAAUCCAAAGUGUCUUGGACGUCUAAAGCCAUUUCAAUGCAGCCCUCAGUCUAGCAGUUUACAGCCCGGAUCUCACCCUCCCUCAGGUUCACCCACUUUCCGCCCAUAAAAAGGGAAAGAGGUGUUUUGCUUCUUUAUUAAGAUGCUGUGCUUCCAUCCACCCGUGGUUUGAUCGAUCAGAUUAGUUCAAUUCCUUUUCUUUUAGUUGAAAUGUGAAGAAUGUAAUUAAAAUCAUAUUUUAGAUAAAAAUCAAUUUAUUUAAAAUUCAUAAUAGGGAAAUAUUCCAUAUAAACUCCACAUUUAUCAGUCAUACGCAGCAUUAUUUUCAAGGGUCUUUUUUUUAAUCACUUUUUUGGGGGGUUUUCUGAUAAACAAUAAUGGGCUUUCAGACUUUUUUAUUUUAUUAUUUUCUAUAGAGUCUUUUUCUGUAAAAGAGGCAGCAUCUGCCUUUUUCUUUAAAACAGGUCAAAUUCCUAACUUCCUGGUUACGUCUUUUUGUAUUUCUUUAAAAAAAA